GUGAAGGAAAAUCUUAACGCAACAGCAUACAAUGAUAUUCUAGAUUAUUCGGUGCUUCCAAACAGGCCUAAUCGCCCAACAUCAGUGCCCCACCUCACGAAUGCUCUUGAAGCAAGCCCAGAAAGCAGUGUUUCAACAUCUUGUGGAAAGCCUUCACAGAAGAGUGGAGGCUGUUGUAGCAGCAAAGGGGGGUCCAACUCCAUAUUAAUGUCUAUGAUUUUGGAAUGAGAUUUUCGAUGAGCAGGUGUCCAUGUACUUUUGGUCAUGUAGUGUAUCUUUGAAACAAUACUCUACCACCGACCCGACCAUAAACGUUCUGUGGUGUCUGAGCGCGUGCAUAAAUUUCCGAGGCUGUUGACCUGCCUCUUCAUCAGUCCAAUGAGCGCGGCAAAAGGGGAGGCUCUUCACACCGAACAUUUCUCCUCCAUCUCCUCACUUUUCUAGUCAGCAAGCAAGCCUGUCGGAGCUACAAUAAGUAGUGCCACUGCGGGGUUACAAAACUGUAAGGAUUUCCACCGUGUCUUCACACUUUUUGUUAUAUUUUUUCAUUUGUAAACGUCUCUCCUUGAAUGAAAAGAGAAACGCAAUUGCAAUGCUUUUAAUCCAUUUUUGAAAGGGUCAAAUGGUGCAAGCACAAGGAUGCGAGAUACUGUAAUCGUUCACACUGCUGGAACACCAAAUGGAUGGUGUAUUGAGUAGUACAUCCCCUCACCAUUUGCAAUGGAGGCAAAUGAAGCCAUGUGAGUGACCUUCAUCGCACAAUGAAUUCAAGCUCUGACGCUCAAAGAAGGAAGAAGUAACCUUUGUUUAUCAUCUAAGGGAGAGCUGUUGAUCUUGGGAAAAUAAGUGUCAUAACAAUGCCCAAACGGUCCGAGGAGAUGCUGACAGACGUGUGGACUUCGUUGUUGCUUGUGUGGAUUACGUGUGUUCCUUAUACAUCCAUGACCCCCAUCAUCAGCCAGUCCAAAAGUUUACAAACUGGUUCCACUGCGCUCCUACGUGGCCUCGUCGAAGGACAAAGAAUACUUAGUCGAGCCAAGAGAGGAUGGGUUUGGAAUCAAAUGUUUGUGUUGGAGGAGUUCUCUGGACCAGAUCCAAUUCUAGUUGGCAGGCUACACACAGAUUUGGAUGUUGGCAGCACACCAAUAAAGUAUGUCCUGGCUGGUGAAGGGGCGGGUACCAUCUUUGCCAUCAAUGAGAUUACGGGAGAUAUUCACGCCAUGAAGAGACUGGAUAGAGAGGAGAAGGCAGAGUACACUCUUACAGCACAAGUCACUAACAGAGACACCGAUCAACCCCUGGAACCGCCCUCGGAGUUCAUCAUAAAGGUGCAGGAUAUAAACGACAAUCCGCCACAGUUCGUUGAAGGCCCCUACCGGGCCUCUGUCCCAGAGAUGUCUCAAGUGGGUACCUCAGUCACUAGGGUGACGGCAACAGACGCAGAUGACCCAGUCUAUGGAAACAGUGCUAAACUUGUGUACAGCAUACUGGAAGGACAGCCCUACUUCUCCAUAGACCCCAACACUGCGAUCAUUAAAAUUGCUUUACAUGGGAUGGAUCGAGAGAUGCGAGAGGAGUACCUGGUCGUCAUUCAAGCAAAAGACAUGGGUGGUCAUAUGGGAGGGUUGUCAGGGACAACAACAGUUACUGUCACACUAACAGAUGUCAACGAUAACCCGCCAAAGUUCUCAAAAAGUCUGUACGAGUUUGUGAUCCCAGAGGAGCUUGGCAUUGGUCAACCUGGUGGCAAGGUAAAGGCAAAUGAUAGGGACAUUGGCGAGAACGCCAAAUCAACGUACAACAUCAUUGACGGUGAUGAGAAGGACGUCUUCGAGAUCACUACAGAUGCCCAGACUCAAGAGGGGAUCCUUCGUCUGAAGAAGCCCCUGAACUUCGAGACUAAAAAGUCAUAUACACUGAAGGUGGAGGCGGCCAACAUUCGAUUUGAUCCCAACAGUGGCGCCCCCUUCAAGGAUACAGCUACGGUGAAGAUUGCAGUGGAAGAUUCAGAUGAACCCCCUGUCUUCUCCAAGCCCACAUUUGUCCUGCAGGUGGAUGAGAAUGCCCCCAUCAACACGGUUAUAGGAACAGUCACAGCCCGCGAUCCUGAUGUCACUGGCAGUCUAGUCAGGUACUUUAUUGAUCGCCACACCGAUCUGGAGAGGCAGUUCAAUAUUAACGUAGAUGAUGGGAAAAUAACGUUGGCCAAACCGCUGGACCGAGAGACAGAUAUGUGGCACAACAUCACAGUAACAGCCACUGAAAUCAGAAACCACAGCCAGAUAUCACGGGCUAUCGUGGCCAUCCGAGUGCUGGACAUAAAUGACAACGCCCCAGAGUUUGCGACGGAAUACGAGGCUUUCCUCUGUGAAAAUGGCAAACCUGGCCAGGUGAUACAGACGGUCAGUGCUGUCGACAAGGAUGACCCAAUACAGGGACACUACUUUGAAUACCGCCUCAUCCCAGAGAUGCUAAACAAUCCUAAUUUCACAAUAAAAAACAAUGGAGACAACUCCAUCAGUGUUUUAGCCAAGCAUGACACCUUCCGGCGCCAGAAACAGGAGAUGUAUUUCCUGCCCAUAAUUGUGACUGACAAUGGAAAUCCUCCAAUGAGCAGCACUAACACGUUGACCAUCCGGGUGUGUGGAUGCAGCAGGGAGGGAAUAGUCCAGUCAUGCAACGUGGAGGCCUACGUCCUACCCAUUGGCCUCAGCAUGGGAGCUUUGAUUGCCAUUCUGGCCUGCAUAAUACUACUUUUAGUUAUAGUGGUGCUGUUUGUGACGCUGAGAAGACACAAGAACAAGCCACUUAUCAUCAAAGAUGACGAAGAUGUGAGGGAGAACAUCAUCCGGUAUGACGAUGAGGGGGGUGGAGAAGAAGACACUGAGGCCUUCGACAUUGCCACACUGCAGAACCCUGAUGGAAUCAAUGGUUACCUGCCCCGCAAGGAUAUCAAGCCAGACCUGCAGUUCAUGCCAAGGCAGAGUGGUGGCCCUAACGGUGUGGACGUGGAUGAGUUCAUCAAUGUCAGACUCCACGAGGCGGACAACGACCCCACAGCCCCUCCCUACGACUCAAUUCAGAUCUAUGGCUAUGAGGGCCGGGGCUCCAUUGCUGGGUCUCUGAGCUCCCUCGAGACUGCGUCCUCAGACUCAGACCAGAACUAUGACUACCUCAGAGAGUGGGGUCCGCGUUUCAGAAGACUUGGGGAGCUCUACUCAGUGGGUGAAAGUGAUAAGGAGACUUGACCUUUGAUCAGCAGAUACCCUUUGAUUUUGUCCACAUACUUGUGUAUUAUGCUAGGGUUUGCCGGCUUAUAGAAACAGCUGUUUAAAAAAGGGGGCCACCUUUUGUACUCUUAGAGUGAAGUAUAGCGUUCAUCAUCUAUCACGUUAAGAGCUUUGUAUUGUUGAGCCAAACUUAACAAUGUCGAUAUAUUAGGAGGUCUAGGAUUCUUGUGGAGUGUAAUUUAGAUUCCGUUGUGGAGUGUCUAGCAGUAUUUGGGGUAUUUGUCAUUCUCUGUGACUGCCAGAAGCAUAAAGACCUGGAUUCUUGGUAGUUGCCUGAUGAAAGAAUAGAGGGAUUGUGUGACGUUCUACAGCCUUCUUGGACAACAUGGAGAUUCAACCACAGAACAAUUGUACUACUGAGUGGCCCUCAUCUCAUAUCUCUACCCACCACCCAGAUAAUCAGAGAUAAAAUAGGAAACUAAAAGAAAAAGCAAUAUUUGGUCUACAAUACAAUGUUGAAUGUAUGUAUGAUUUGAAAAAGCAAAAUGAGAACCACUACAAUAUUGGCUUUAAAAUGAAUUUGUUUAGAUAUCAUUUGAUACCAGGUGGCCACAUUUAUAAACUGUCUGAGCCAGACAGCUUGCUUUAUACAACUAUUUGUAUUUACACGCUCCAAGUGUGGUUUGCAAAUAUUAUUAGCCUAUAAAAGACUAAAGCGAAAGACAAAAAAAGAGAAAUGUAGAAACUUUGAGGCCUUCUUUUUACAGAAGCAAGCAUUAAAUGCAAUUGUAUUCAAAUGUUUUUCGAAAAUGAUCGUCUUGAAUCUUCAUUAUCGUUGUAUGAUUCGUUUUUUAUAUAUCUGUUCUUAUUUGCGUUUGUUUCUGUGCUUCAGGUUAUAAGUGAGUGAGAGUUUAGAAUGAUCCCUUUUCUCAACUGUUCUUUCCACCGCUGAAGCUAUUUCAUCACAGCUGAACUUGUUGUUUAGAUAUUGCUGUUAAUAAAGUAUACAGAGAACAGGAAUUACUGAAAAGUAGAAGAUUGGAUGGAAAGGGGACUUUUACACAUAUACUGUUUAUCAUUAUUUUAUCAUUAUUCUGUAUACAGAGUUACCAGUGACCAUUUAAGCACAAUAGCUGGGAUAAUUUAAUUGAUGUGAAUAUUCGACCCCUCAAUUUUCAAUUUCAUUUAGGAACCACUGGUAACAAAACCCAUAAAAAUAAAAUACAGGCUCUUGCAUAUUGUGCUACACUGUAUAUUAUUAGACAAAAAAUACAUGUACAUAGUUACUGAUAAUAUCCGUAGCUUUCAUUGAGGUGGUAGGUUUUGUCUAUGCACGUUAGCUCUUGCACAUGAGAAUCUAAAAUGGCACUACAGCUGCGUGCAUACUCAAUUUGUACUGAUACAGUAUAUGGCAGUUCUCAGUAGACUUCACAAUAUAUAUGAAAUAGUGUUACAUGCAGAUCAUAUUUUCUACUGUGCUUUAAUGCUUAUAAAUGUGUAUGUUUAAUUAUUCACUCCCUGUAAUGUAAUCUAAGAUACCCUGUAUUGUUUCCUACUUUGUGAAAUAUAUUUUUAUAAAUAUU